AAUGUGAAAUGUCUGUGAUUUUUUUUGUUUUAAAAUAUAUCAAUCAAAUGUAAAACAAUAAGUUUGCAUAAUUGAAAGAAAUUAUCUCAUUUUUCUUUUUAUAUUUUCUAACUUGAGGCCAUAACAGUAGCCUCGCUCUCUCAAAAGGAUAUAAAACCCUAAGCGAUUCAAGUUUAGCCACUUAUUUUUAUUAUUAUUCGAACUUUGAUGAGAGGAAAAUUCACCCCGAUGCAUGUUACCAUUAACUUCAUCAAGACAACAUGUAUGACAUGUUGUCGGAAUUUAAGGUGUCCGAAUUUGAUUCAUUCGUGGAUAUAUUAAAGUUGACUUCAGGUGACCCCCUUGAUACUUUUGGUGAAAUGUGGUACCCCGUGUUUUUGUGGUCAUUGUGCUCGUCUGUGUUUGUGCAUACUUGUGCUGGAUUAGUAGCUUUUGGUACUUUACGGAAGCAUAAAUACGGGAAAUUCUUUCCUGUGUUAUUAAUAGUUAUGGGAGUUGUGACUCCAGUCACAUCAGGCGUCGCAAGCAGUGCUGCUAUAGCGUUUAUAUAUCGUGCGGCUAAACUGGACAUGCCACCUAUACAUGCUAUGAUAUGGGGUAUUGGACAAACAGUAUUAGGGGCUGGUAUCGGAUUCACAAGAAUAUUAGCAACAUUAUAAAAUAAUCUUUGUAGUUCAAUAGUAUUAAUAAAAUAUGUGUAAAGUCAAUUAUGCCUUAUAUUAAUGUAUCUUAAAUAAUUUAGAUGGUGCUGAUCAAU